AGCAGUCCAUGCAGGAAACGCCUUCCUGCAGUGUGCGAUAGCACGGUUGGCCUUUCUGAGACGCGGUGCAGUUGUGUAGGACCAUCUUCCGAGCGGGGUUUCAAGGGCCUGGGACCGAUGAGCUAAUCCGCCCGGAGUCAGCUCGGUUGGGAUCACUCCAGUCUCUGCGGCUCUGUCCAUACCCACAGGGGCUGGGUCGUCGGGGGUUCCCGCUCCGAGACAUGGUGACCUGCCGGGAGAGGCGCACAUAGGGACCAAAGGGAUGGUGAUGGAUUGUGGCGACUCUGGAGUUGAGCAGACCCCUACCUGUUGAGUUUAACAAUUACAAACCAUACUGAAAGGUCGCCGUUAACACCCAUGUCCUUUCCAAUCUUCGGUACAGUUUCAGUUUCACCGUCCCGCCCAUCUACGAGCCAUUUUGCGGAAGUGUAAUUAUUUUUCUAUCCGCAAGACGCUGCCGUUCCCCCUCCCGUGGGGUGUCCCCCUACCCCACACUGAAGAAAGUCUCUCUGAGGCCGUUUAUCUCACGUUGUUGCUGGGCGCAGGUUACAAACCCCCCACGGGGAGUGGGGACAGAGUGCGGGCACCGAGUUCUGCUUGAGGAGGGCGUCGGCCAGAGGGGAAGCGGCUGUUCCACGGACUGAUCAGGCGAUCAAUUAAUUCUUUACAAUGUGGGAAAGAAGUUGCCACGGUAUUUUGUUCCUUUCCUGCUGUCUUCAAACCGUAUUAUCAGUAAAGUUUCAUGUUGUUGGGCCGAAAGUCUCCCCUAUCGUCUCAGUGGGUGAAGAUGUGUUGCUGGAGUGCAGAACGGAACCAAACACAUCCCUGAAAGAUCUAGAGGUUCGAUGGUUUAAAAAUGACUUUUCUACACCAGUGCAUUUAUACAGUAAUGGCCAUGAUCAACCCACUAAACAGGAUGUAGCUUACAAAGACAGGACAGAGCUUUUCAAGCAAGAACUUUCCCAUGGAAAUGCUUCACUCAAGUUGAAAAAAAUAAAUGCAAAUGAUGAUGGAGAAUACAAGUGCUUCAUCGAUUUCAAACAAGACUAUGAUGAAACAAAGGUCCUGCUGAAAGUUGGAGGUAUGGGACAGCAGCCUUUGAUUCACCUGGAAGGAAUCCAUCAACAGGGAGUUCGUCUUGUGUGUAAAUCUGACGGCUGGUACCCUGUGCCGACUGUAUAUUGGUUGAAUGGGAAUGGAGAAAAUGUGACAGGACAAUCCGUGACGACACAAAAAGAUCAGUCCAGCGGCCUUUUUGCUGUUUCGAAUCAGAUUGAUGUAACAAGUGAUUCUGUGAACAGAUAUUCCUGUCUAAUGAUAAACAAUGUUUUGAAUAAAGAGGAAGGAGCCCAACUCCAACUAUCAGGCGUAUUCUUUCCUAAGAUUAAUGCUUGGAUGGUAGCUUUCUGCGUGUUUUUAAUUCUUGUGAUUGGUGCCAUUAUCUUUGAAGUAUUUCACCACAGAAGAAAGCGUGAAAAGGUUAAAGAACUGAAGUUGUUUUGCACUUUGGAAGGUUAUAAUGAUCAGGAAAUAAAUGAUGUUUCUGUGACCCUCAAUGAGGAAACAGCGAAUCCAAAGCUGGAGCUGAAAAAUCAAACCAGCGUCAGAUUGACCAACUCGGAGCAGAAUCGCCCUGACACUGGGAAGCGCUUUACAGAGCUGGAAUCUGUGCUGGGACAGGACGAAUUCAGAUCAGGACGAUAUUAUUGGGUGACGGAGGUAGCGAUGAACCAGAACUGGUGUCUGGGAGUUGCCACAGAGUCUGUAGAGAAGAAAGGAAGGGUUGAACUGACACCGGAGAAUGGAUUCUGGACCAUCCAGCGGGAUGGCGAUGAGUUUAUUGCAAAUGACUCAACUCCUGUCACCCUCACGACCAAGCCCAUCCCCGAGAAGUUGGGAAUUUAUCUCAGUUAUGAGUCCGGGAGAAUCUCAUUUCACAAUGUGGCCACCAAGACCUGUGUCCACACCUUCACUGUAGACAAAUUCAAGGAGAAACUUUAUCCUUUCUUCAGGACCGGCGAUGUUGACAAGUGGGUGAAAAUGUCCUCUGGUUCUGCUCUGGAUCUGCAUAAAGAGCCACGUCCUCAGGCCACCCUCAAGACCAGGGUUCGGAGGAUGUGGAACAGAAUCCACCAGCACUCUCAGACUGAACUUUUUUUUCUCCCUCCCAGUCUCAAAGUGCUGAGCGUGAACAUGGCUUCCGCACAGCAGGAUGAGAGUUUAACAGAAGAUUUAACUUGUCCCAUCUGCCUUUAUUUCUUUACCGACCCGGUGUCACUUGAGUGCGGACACAACUUCUGUCGCUCCUGCAUCACGCAGUCUUGGGAAAAGAAGGAGAAAAACUACUGCCCGGAAUGCGGCGAGGAGUUUGCAGAAAGAAACCUCAGGUCCAGUCGGGCCUUGGCAAAUUUGUCCGAGAAAGCUCGGAAAUUAAACCUGAAGACAAAAGAAAAAGGGAAUAAACUCCUCUGCGAGGAGCAUCGGGAGGAACUGAAGCUGUUUUGUGAAACUGACAAGAAGCUGAUCUGUUACACCUGCAGGGAUGCGCGGGAACACAGGGAGCACCGCUUCAUGCCGGUUAACGAAGCUGUCGAAAUCUACAAGGGUGUGGUGAUAUCUUCUUUAGACUCUGUCACAAAGAAGAAAUUGGCGAUUUUGGAAAUGGAGCAUCAACAGAGAGAGAAGAUUUCUGAGAUUAGGGACCAAUCACAGAUUCUGCAAAAACGCAUCACGUCGGAGUUUUCUGAAAUGUACCAGUUUCUAACCGAAAAGGAGAAAGGGUUAAUCGCUGAUCUCCAAAAGGAGAAGGGGGAGCUUUUAGAAAAAAUGGAGAAAAACCUUCUGGAAAUCCAAGAGCGUUCAAACUCCAUUCAGGAGGAACUGUUAAAGCUGCGAGAACAGGUGGAUCAAAAAGACGGUAUGCUCUUUCUGAAGGAGGAAUCUUGGCGUAAUGCAAGAAUAAAAGAUGAGAGCCAGGAACUGUCAGUCAAGGAUGGCACCCUGAACGUAACAAAAUUCAAAGGCCCUUUCUUGAAAAUAGCGUGGAAGGAAAUGCUCGAUGCCCUUAACCCUGCCCCUGUGACCCUGGAUGUGGAAACAGCAAAUCCAAGACUGGAAGUGUCCAAGGACCUGACGAGCGUGAGGUUGAGCGGGACCUGGAAUAGUGUCCCCGACACCGGGAAGAGGUUUUCGGACUGGGCUUGUGCGCUGGGAUCGGAGGGAUUCACAUCGGGGAGACAUUUCUGGGAGGUGGAGGUGGCGGGGAAUCGGAUCUGGAGUCUGGGAGUCGCCGCAGAGUCUGUGGAGAGGAAGGGGUGGGUGGGAGUGAUCCCGGAGAACGGAUUCUGGACCAUCGGGCGGGUUGGUGACGGGUUUUAUGUGAACACCUCCCCUGGAUUUCCUCUCCCUGCCAAUCCCAUCCCUGGGAGGGUGGGGGUUUGUCUCAGUUACGAGUCCGGGACAGUUUCAUUUUACAACGCGGACACCAAGUCCCAUCUCCACACCUUCACUGGGAAUAAAUUCACGGAGAAACUUUAUCCUUUCUUCUGGACUGGGGAUGAAAACAAGUGGCUGAGAAUCUGCUCCAUUUCCGCUCCGGAUCUGUAAACGGGUCGGGUCCCGGGACAGGAGUCAGGAGUGGGCCUCAGGGGCUGUGGGGAAGAAACCCCGUGGACAACAGGUUGGAGCUGAACGGGUCCCAUUCAAUCCCCAAAUUCUGCAUUGUGAAGCCCCAAUGAGCCUGUACAUAAAACCAGCGAAAAUAUAAAGGUCAGAAAAGUAAAUAAAAAUUGAAUGGUC